UUGGUCAAGCAGUCAAGCACGUUUACAAAAUCGAACGGGAAUCGAACAAGCUUUUAAAAUGCGCAAGCUUCACGCUUCAAAUUACUUAUUCACAAUUGGUUGGAACAGUGGAAUUCUCCAAGUUCAUUAUGCCUUUGUUGAUUUUGUUUCUUUCCACUGGCACUGGUUUCAGUGAUUUGAUUUUGAUCAUUUACAUCAAAGGCUAUAUUAAGCGAUGAACGUUAAAAGGCAUUUUCCGUAUUUUCAGAUGCGAAAAACAUGGAUGUAUCAAAACGGACAGAAUUGCUAAGUCUCUAUGAGAAGGUGGAAAAUGCUUUAAAAAGUUGCGACGAAAAAAUGCUAAAGAAUUUGAAUACCAAGUUCUCUGUCGAGAACAUUGUUGAUGAAAUUCAGCUAAAGAUGAAUAAGCUCCAAGUUAAAGAAUAUGUUGUUCUAAUUGCAGGUGAAACGAGCUCCGGAAAAAGUAGUUUCAUCAACCUAAUUCUUGGAGAAGAUAUUCUCCCAUCCAGCACACUACCUGCCACAGCAACUAUUUGUGAAUUGAGAUAUGGAGAGGUACGGAAGAUUGUGGCAUAUUACAAAGAUGAGCAAAGACAACCAGAAGAACUUAUCCUACAAGAUCCAGUUGAAGGACAGAGUUAUCCUGAUCAACUUAGAGAAUAUUUGAAUCUAACUGAUGAUCGUGAAAAAGGAUCACGCUUCAAAAAAUGCAAAUUAUUUUGGCCUCACGAUUUGCUUAAGAAUGAGAUAGUCAUUGUUGACAGUCCAGGAAUUGGUGAAUCAAAUGUUUUAGAUGAUGUUGUGAAUGAUUAUUUUCUGACUGCGUUUUGUUUUGUAUAUGUCAUUGACAGCAGUCAUGCAGGGGGAGUUCAAAAUGAUCGAAUACUAAAAAUUUUGGAGAGAGUUAAAGACCAAUCCCUUGACUGCUUUCUUUGUGAACGUGCUGUGUUCGUCUGCAAUAAAUGGGACCUAAUAGAAAGAAAAGGUAGUGAUGAAAAAUCCGCUGUCAAAAAAUAUACGAUCGAUCGUCUCAAGAAGACGUGGCCAAAUUUAAAUGCGAAGACUCAGGUUGUCCAAAUGUCAACGACAAACGCUGCUGUGGCAAGAGAUUUCGGAAUUAAAUCUGAACAGUUUGUUUCAAUUAUGGAUGCAAUCAAAACAAUGAUGCUCAAAACCAUCGCAGCGAGGCUAAAGGCUGAGUGGAGAUGGUUAAAUGAUGUUCUUUCACGCCUGAUAUUUCAAACAAAAUUGCUUAUCAACCGAGCUCAAAAAGAGGAUGUACAUGUAACUGUUGCCACGGCAAUGAAAAAGUUAGCAAUGAUUGAACAAAAACUUGUUGAAAGUGUUAAAAGCUUGAGAAAAGAGUUGACAAACGAAACAAAGAAAGCAGCCGAUCAACUUUCACAACACUUUUCAUCGGACGUUAUCAAGAACAACGUUCUAUCGUGGGAUGAAGACCAAUGUCCGGAAAUAGAAAACACCUGGGAAGAAACAGAGAGAAAAAUUGCUGAGGUUAUCGACCACAGAUUCAUGAAAGAAAUUGAAAAGUGGGAAAUUAAGCAUCGUGUCAUUGAAAAUACUCGAAAGUUAUUGUUAGACCAGUUAACGAGACAAAGAAAUCUUCUUCACGUGCAUAUACAAGGCGUGGAAGAUUACAUAAGUAAAGAACCCACAACAAUUAUUAAUCUGAAAGUUUACACACCGUUUACAAUCAUGAAAACAAUUUUAUUCCGAGUUUUGAGUUUAUUAAUCAUUUCCCAGCCACUACUACUCGCGAUGGCAUACGGUAAUUAUCUGUUGUAUAACAACAAUAAACCGAACUACAUGGCUAAAAAGGCUGAAGAAUACCGGCGUCGCUGCAUUGCUGAAAACAGUUUCCAUCCUUUUCUCUCAAUGCAAUUCGAAGAGAUAAAUAUUAACAUUGAAAAGAUGGAGCUUGAAAUUCCAGCAAUAAUCAGGGCUGACGAAAUAACAAUAUUGGGACUUAUUGCGGAAGGUGAAGCGAUGCGACGAGACGCAGAGAAAUACGCUCCUAUAUUUGCUAAAUGUUCUGACACCAAAGGCGAAUUAUCCAUUUUUGCCAUCAAUGAUGUGUUGCUUAGUGACGUCGACUUUGACGAUCUGGAGUGCGAUCUAAAAUCGUCACUUGGUCAUGGAUCAUUUGCGGAUGUUUUCCAAGGAAAAAUGAUUUCAGAAGACAAAGGAUCAUUAAACGUGGCUGUGAAAGUUUGUAAAAAAGUGCUAACAACACAGAAUGCCUCAAUGUUGUUGGAAGAAGAGCAAAUAUUAAGAAUACUGGAUCAUCCAAAUGUUGUCAAAUUUUAUGGAAGAGCGUUGCGCCCUGGACAGAAUGGUUUGAAACUUGUCUUCGUGAUGGAAUUGUGCGCAGAAAGUUUGAGGGAAUAUUUCACCAAUCAUCCAAAGUGUUUCCCAGCCAGAGCACCAGAAAAUGUAUCUGAAAUAAUUCAAUCCUUACUCCAAAGAGCAAAGGAUAUUGCAGUGGGGCUUGAUUACUUGCAUCACCAAGGCAUUGUUCAUCGUGACUUGAAGCCUGAAAAUAUUCUAUUUGGGAAAAACAAUUGUAUGAAAAUAGCUGAUGUUGGUAUUUCCAAGAAUAUAACAGAAGUGACAGGGACGAUAGCUGGAACACCCUUGUACAUGGCCCCAGAAAUAUUUGCAGCGGAGAUUUGUGAUGCCAGUGCUGAUAUUUACAGUUUCGGCCUGAUCUUGUGGGAGAUGUGGUAUGGUGAGGUAGUUUACAGUGAGCUCCACAAUAUUCCUUUGAAGAAAUUUAGCGAGAAGAUUUCCGACAACUACCGACCUAAAAUUAAGACGGAAGCAGGUACUGUGACAAUUCCAGAGUACGUAUCACUCAUAAGGAAUUGUUGGCCAACGGAGCAACUGGAGCGUUUACCUGCUGACCAGUGUGUAGCUAAAUUGGAUGCCAUUUUAGUUCGUCAUACGACGUAGAUCAUCGUGAAUAACUUUGAUUUCUUUCAU